AUGUCUGCUGCACCUUCACUCGAACCCUCCGCAUCUCCAAAACAAACGUCGGGGAGUGAGAAAUUCCGGCAAAAGAUGGCUUACACAACAAAUUUUUCCAAAAAACUCCGUCAGAUUGGUCAAAGGAUACUGUCGCCAGCGGCACCGCCUACAAAGGCACUAGCAGACAGAGGUGAUACCAUCGGGGAUUCAACAAACAUUCCUGGUAAGGGGAAGUUAGCAAGUACUCGCAGUAUCGAGCAGAACGCUCCCAAGACAGCCCCAGUGCCGGAGGAGAGCAAAGACUCACAAGACACUCGAGAGGACACCGAAGAUGCCAAACAGACAGAUCCGUCCCCAAGUCCCCAGGUUUCGCAUAAUCCGACUGUUGAGUCCAAGCCUCCAGCCGAGAAGAGACCUCCGUCGCAGCUAGGGACUGUAAAAGAUCCGCCCGCGAGCCCCCGCGUUUCGGAUGGUUUGGCCGCUGAGUCUGAACUAACCGCAGAAGAGGGGUCUAGGACUCAGUUUUGGACUCCAGAGGAGCGGGCGGCAGAGCUUUGGGCCACCGCCUAUGACUGGCUACGAGAAAAGCGCCCAGAGCUUGUCCGAGGCUAUACCAUAACCAUCAGAAAGUGGUUGGCAUCUAAUGACAUCUAUUUUGAGGCCCAGGGGCGGCGAGCAUCGGCGAUGGAUUUGCCCGCAGAGGAGUCGUUCGUCAGGCCACCGCUCAAUCUGGUAAUUGGCGUGAUGCUUGAGGAGCUACAACCAGAGACAGAACCAGAGACGGAACCAGAGACAGAGCCGGAUUCAGAACAAGUGCCAGAACCGGAGCCAGUUAAGCCUAGCGAAGAGCACGACAGCGCCAGUGACGCCGUCAAGGAGCUCAGCGUCGGGUCUGAGGCUGCUCGAUCGCUCAGCAAACUACUAGGGGAGGCACUCAGGGCAUUCCCGCAUGCAUCGAUAGCCUGGGCAACUACAUACAUUACUCUUCAGAAUCUUCUCCGUCCUGUGCCGCGGACGGAGGCCAUGCAAUUGCAAAUUCUUUCUGUCAUCUCGAAGACGGAGUGGUACACUGAGCUGUUCCGGCUUUUCUUCUGGCCCGAUCAAGCGGAGCCACCCAUACCAUCUGCAAACUCACCAGUCAACGCCCUAAUCGCUCUGUAUGAGUCCGUUCUUGCAUACCACAUGCACGUUGCCGCCGAGUUCGACAUUCAGAGGUCUCUGGGACAGCCAAAGCUGGAAGAAUCUCUUCUCAAGGUGCCACUGGAUGAGCUUCGGGCUUGUGAGCUCCUGCUAGUCAGCAGGUUCGAUCAACUGCGUCUCCAAAAGGGACUUGUGAAGCAACUGGACCCCACAAGAACUGAUAAUUGUGAUACACUGGUCGAUGAUAAGCUCCGAAAAGUUUUGGCCAAACUGAACGUCGACCCGCAACGGAUCCCCAAUCUCGACGCCAACAAGUCCUACGUUCUCGAGCGCCUCUACGGCUGGGCAAGCAAGACCCCAGAGUUCCAAAAAUUUACUACCUGGGAUGGUGAAAGUCAUUCGCGCCUACUCUGGGUCGAUGCACCCCCCGGUGCUGGCAACUCGAUGCUCCUACAAGCCGCUGUGCGGUGGCUGCCAAAGAUGGCAACAUCCUCGCCCGACACCGCGAAACACGUCGCGCACUUCUUCUGUGAUGGUACCCUGUGGCGCCAAGGGGACAUGUUAUCAACUCUCAAGGCUUUGAUAUCUGGCAUUCUCCUCAAUCAGCCUGACCUUGGAGACCACCUGGAGCUGAUCAUAGCUAAGCGAGGGAGCUUUGACGCCGAGGGGGAUGUAUUGGCUCUGUCUACCAUUCUUUACAGCAUGAUCCAGGACAGCCGUUUUACUUCGACCUAUUUUGUGCUUGACGGUAUCGAGCAGUUCACCACGCAGCACUGUCGUACCAUGGACAGGACCGCUGACGUGAUGACGGAUGGCCCGACUCAGAAGUUAUCGGAGCUACGGCUCCUGAUUGCCAGGACCGUGAGGCUAUCGCAGAAGGUCAAAUGGCUGCUGGGAGUCGAAUGCGAGCUGCAUGAAGCCAAGCUGACAUACGUCAACGAUCAUAAGGAAAUGAGCCUCACGCUCGACGAGAGCAAGUAUUAUGUGCUACCAGAGAUCGCCCAGGAGUACGCUGCCCUCGAGAUUACCAAUAUGUGCAAAAGGCUAGGAUACAACGAUAACAUCCAAAAGGGACUAACCGAGCAUCUCAAACGGGCCAAAGGCAACUUCCUGUUCACCAACAUGGCGUUGGAUAUUGUGGGCGCGUCCACUACACCAUGGAACGCCCUUUACAUACUCCACGACCUCGCCGCAGGCGAACCGAGCAUCGAUGGGCUAUAUCGCUGGAGUUACCGUUCUAUUCGCGAACUGCCGUACAGGGACUCGGUCUACUGCCACGACAUCCUCUAUGCUGCGGCGGCUGGACAUCGCCCGCUUCCCGUCUCAGAACUCGUCGCGAUCAUUGAGCUGCCCCCAGAGGUCGAGCCAUUCCUUAUAAUCAAGAAGUUGCUACCUGCGUUCCUGGAGAUUCGCGAGGGGAAAGUCUGCUUUAGGCACCCCUCAGCCAGCAUCUUCAUCCGACGUGAGAUGGGAGAGCAGAAGCUGCGUUCAGAACAUUCGAAAAUCGCUCGGCAAUGCUUGAAGCUUCUUCUCAGAUGGCUCCAUUGCAGUCGCAUCAAAACAGGCACCAAUGAAAAGACGCCUGACACAGGGUUUGGUCUGACGGCGAUAAUUUGGGUGAAGCACUUGUCCGUACUCGGCGGCGACGAUCCGGAGACUUUGGCACUCGCAGUCCACCUCCUCAGCGUCCACUUGAUAGACUGGCUGGAGCUUUUGGGCGCAAGAGGGCUAAUACUCGACGCCUUAUACAUGAUGAACGAGCUUAAUUCUGCACUUGAAACUAACGAGCCUUAUUGCAACCCCUUUGCUGACUUAUCUCCCCUCGUAUCCAUGUCGCAGACGCUGAAAAUUUUCCACGACGAGGCCAGCGACAUUAUCCAGAUCGUGCGGGAAGUCACUACUUUCAUGAUUUUCUACCAGCGAUGGAAGGCACAGCCAGAAGAGGAACGACAGCCAGAGGAGGAUUCCACCGACAUGAGUCCGAAACAAUGGCUGCUUUUCGCGGCCGAUCUACCAUUACUUAGGGAGAAACUGCUUCCGGUAAUAUUCCCAAGGCUCCAGGAUGCCCCCGUUCUCGAUGGGACCGACGAUUCGCGAGUGUGUCUUUACGUGCUGGAGCACAGCGACUGGGUUCGAGGCUGCUCCUUCUCGUCCAAUGGCCGAAUGAUAGCCUCUGCUUCGGAUGAGGGGUAUGUGCGUGUCUGGGAUGUCCGAACAGGAAAUCUGCAGCAAGUUCUCAAGGUUUCCGAUAGUUAUGUCCUUGGCGUCGUCAUUUCAUCCGCCACAGCCCUGCAGGAUGGUGAAAGUGGUGAUGUGAUUGCCGCCUUCGACGAGAACAGAAUCAAGGUGUGGGACGCGACGACGGGGAAUGUUCUGAAAACCUUGGCUAAGGAUGAAAGAGAGGAGAUCGACGAAGAUCUGCAGAGUAUAGCGCUCUCUCGAGGAGCGGAUAUGCUGGCCGCUGCCGUGGGUGACAGUGUGGUCAUCUGGCAGCUCCCGGAUGCCACCGGUUACAUAGUGUUGGGUGGCCGCAACGGCCAACCGGUGAGACGUGUCACGUUCUCUCCAGAUGGGAAGCUUCUCGCUUCCACCGCGGGCUCGGAAAUCACUAUCCGGAGAACCAAGCCGGGUGCAGGCGACACCGUGUGGACCCUUCUGCCGUGUGAGUCGCCUGGGAAGGAUCAUGUCCCAAAUGAAGAAAAUGGCCGUGAAGAGUCUGAAGCGUCUGAAGCGCACGAGACCACGAGCAUAGAACACGAACAGCGGCGCGGACACAUGAGCAACAUCGGCGGGCUUUGCUUCUCGCCCGACUCAAAGUUCCUCGUGUCGGGUUCGGACGAUACGACCGCGCGCGUUUGGAGCAUUGAUAGACAGAAGACAGUAGCUAUCCUGGAGUACCACGGACAUUGCGUCAACGAUGUCUGCUUCUCCCACGACGGUAGCUGGAUCGCCACGGGCUCUAGUGACGAUACCAUUGCUCUUUGGAAACACAAGCCUCCGGGAAUCUGGGGCAGCGGCGAGAGUCCAAGGCAACCAGACCAUGUUCUCCGCGGGCACCGCAAUUCCAUUUUCUCAGUCUCAUUUUCACCACUUAAUGGUGGUAACUUUUUGGCGUCCGCUUCGAUUGACAGGGACGUGCGCAUCUGGGAUAUGGACAAGGUCAGCGGAAUGAUGGGCGCAGGGCAGUCGACGGACGUAAGUACUAGCAAGGGGCAUGACAGCGCAGUGAGCUGCGUAGCUAUCUCCCAAGACGGCCGCACUAUUGCUUCAGCCUCGUAUGACGGCGUCGUCUGUUGUUGGGACGGUCAGACGGGCACGCGGCAGCGCACCUCUGCACAAUCUCACAGCGGCGAGGUCUUGUCCAUGACUUUCUCGCCCGACGGCCAGCUACUAGUGACAGCGUCUCUAGACCAGACGGCCUUCGUCUGGGAAGUCGCCGGGUCAACGAUGACGCCACUGAUACCGAGGCUGCGCUUAGAGCACCAUGACUGGGUGCGUAAUGCUCAGUUCGACCCCCAGGCACGACUGGUGGCGACGGGGGAUGACGAGGGAAUAGUGCGUGUGUACGACGUCUCUGGUGCCAGAACCGCCGCCAGUACAACUAAAGACGCUGUAUGCAACCAGCCCAGCACCACCACGCAGCAAACGAUGAAAAUCUUGAACAGGCACAGCGAUUACGUCUACGGCGUGGCUUUCUCGCCGGACUCGAAACGCCUGGCGUCCGGCGGCGACGAUAUGCAUAUCAUGGUUUGGGGGCUGGACUUGGACGAUGAGAAGGACACUCUUCUCCAUGACAUGACGUCCGACAACGUUGAUUCGAGGAUUCUCGACGUCGAAUUUUCGGCCGAUGGGACCACAGUGGUGUCCGUUUCUGCGGACGGGACCAUUGCCGUCUGGAGGCCCAGCGCCACGGGAGACCGUCAGUGCCAAAUCGUCCAGGAGGGUGAGGAAUCAGGCCGUGGCACGUUCGUGUCAAUGCGCAUCGAUCCGCGGUUCCCAGAACUGCUGCUUACGGAGCUCGGGGCCAAACGUGCCAACAUUGACGGGCGACAGGUGGGUGAAACUGAGAAUGAGCCCCGUGCUUUAUGGCGCCCGCCGGGUUGGCUUCCGCUCAGUGUUGACAAAUCACGAGCAUCUAUCUCGUAUGAUGGCAACUUGGGGGGCGGAGAAGGGGGUACAAUGUCGUCGGACGGCGCCACCACUAUCUAUCUCCCGUCAAAUUUAACCCCGACCGAUGAGCCAUACUCUUGCCGGGUCCAGGGGGACAUGGUCGUUGUCGGAUCCGUGUCUGGUCAUGUUCUGGUUUUCCGAUUCACCGCGGGGGGGCAAGAUGGGAAGGUUGAAGAAGGCAUUUUCAGUAGUAGAGUUGACGCCAUGCUGCGUUGA